AUGGCAAUGACAGGCCCCACGCCAUGCUCGUCCAUGAGUAAUCACACCAAGGAGCGAGUGACGAUGACAAAGGUGACGUUAGAAAACUUCUACAGCAAUCUCAUCGCACAGCACGAAGAACGAGAGAUGAGGCAAAAGAAGCUAGAACAAAUGAUGGAAGAAGAAGGCUUAAAAGAUGAAGAGAAAAGAAUCAGGAGGUCGGCACAUGCACAAAAGGAAACGGAGUUUCUCCGCCUAAAGAGAACAAGGCUUGGUUUGGAAGACUUUGAGUCUUUGAAAGUAAUAGGCAGAGGAGCGUUUGGGGAGGUGCGACUUGUCCAGAAGAAAGAUACAGGGCAUGUUUAUGCAAUGAAAAUACUGCGUAAAGCUGAUAUGCUGGAAAAAGAGCAGGUUGGCCAUAUUCGUGCGGAGCGGGACAUUCUAGUGGAGGCAGACAGUUUGUGGGUUGUGAAAAUGUUCUACAGUUUUCAGGACAAGCUAAACCUCUACCUUAUCAUGGAGUUCCUGCCUGGAGGAGAUAUGAUGACACUGUUGAUGAAAAAAGACACUUUAACAGAAGAAGAGACACAGUUCUACAUAGCUGAAACCGUGCUAGCCAUCGAUUCUAUUCAUCAGCUGGGUUUUAUCCAUCGAGACAUAAAACCAGACAACCUUCUUCUGGAUAGCAAGGGCCACGUAAAACUCUCAGAUUUUGGUCUCUGUACUGGACUAAAGAAAGCCCACAGAACAGAAUUUUACAGAAACUUGAACCAUAGUCUUCCUAGUGACUUCACUUUCCAGAACAUGAAUUCCAAAAGGAAAGCAGAGACGUGGAAGAGAAACAGACGGCAGCUGGCUUUUUCUACCGUGGGUACGCCGGAUUACAUUGCCCCUGAAGUUUUCAUGCAGACUGGAUACAACAAACUCUGUGACUGGUGGUCGCUUGGGGUCAUCAUGUACGAGAUGUUGAUCGGUUAUCCACCGUUCUGUUCUGAGACUCCUCAAGAAACAUAUAAGAAAGUAAUGAAUUGGAAAGAGACUCUGACAUUUCCGCCUGAAGUUCCAAUAUCUGAUAAAGCAAAAGAUCUUAUUUUAAGAUUUUGCUGUGAAUGGGAGCACAGAAUUGGUGCAUCUGGUGUGGAGGAAAUAAAGAGUAACCCAUUCUUUGAAGGGGUUGAUUGGGAGCAUAUCAGAGAGAGACCUGCUGCAAUUUCAAUAGAAAUUAAAAGCAUUGACGAUACCUCAAACUUUGAUGAAUUUCCAGAAUCUGAUAUCCUUAAACCAACAGAGACUGACUACAAGAACAAAGACUGGGUUUUUAUCAAUUAUACCUACAAGCGCUUUGAAGGUCUGACAGCCCGAGGAGCAAUACCAUCCUAUAUGAAAGCAGGAAAGUAA